UGCUCAGUGUUCCAGGGGAAUUCCAGCCAGAAAGAGUAUCCAAAUUUCCCCGUUUCACUCUCUCUCUCUAUUAUCUCUCGAGGGUUUAUUUCAUAUACAGAGUUCACACGCGAAGGAACUACAAGUGGAGAAAUCCGAACCAGUAAAAUCCAGAGUUUUCCGGCGAAGGAAGCGACGGAAUCCGGCGAUUUCGGGAAUAUAAGAGGGAGAAUCUGUUCAUCCGUCCAUCCGUCCUUUUCAUCUUUUGCAUUUUUUUUUCUUUUCCUGAUUCAAAGUUUUCCGUUACCCUCGGAUUGAUCCUCUUGGGUCAACUCGAAGAGAUGACUCGUCAGAUCGUGCUCCGCCGCGAACCACUUCUGGCGAACGAGAAUCAGAAGAUGAGGUUCGCCGAGGUCGCCGGAGGGACCACCGCAGAUUGCGCCGCCGUAUGCUGUUGCUUCCCUUGUGGACUUGUGAACCUGCUAAUCCUAGCCACGUAUAAAUUGCCUAAGGGGCUAUGUAGGAAAGCAGCGUUGAAGUUGAAAAACAAGAAUAAGCAGAAGAAGGGACAGAGCAUGAAGAACGGUCUAUUGCCGCGUACGUGUGGAUUCGACGAUACAGAGUCGCAGGUACACCCAGUUUCGGUGGAUUUGAGGCCUUUGGAUAACUCCGAUGAGGAUGACACGACGGCGAAGAAGGUUCUAGAGUUGGAGAAGGAGAUGUGGGACCGGUUCUAUGGUGCUGGUUUCUGGAGAAGUCCUUCCCAGAGGGAUAUUACGGGUUAGGUAAUAGAGAGACUGAAUUUUGUAAGAAACGGUUUAAACAAUUUUAAUAACUCAAUCAUUGUUUCUCUC